AUGUAUCCUGAACCCCAGCCACAAAAGGUUGCAGCAGUGAACAUUCAGUUUACACAACAAAAAUGUAGAAAGACUACUGAGCCCCUGGCUGGAAAUGCUCUAGACCUGAUCAAUAAAGGACGUUCGGAUGACCUCCUUUUUCAGUUGUUGCGGGUCACAGAUGCCCACUUGGAAAAAGUGGAACCCACAGAUGUCCACUAUUUUGUCUUAGAAGUGAAAGAAUCCGACUGCCCAGUCCAAUCCAGGAAACACUGGGAUGACUGUGAGCCAAAUAUUUCUAGAUAUCCAUCUUAUAUAGUGAUUAGACAGUGUAAGGCAAUAGCUACAACACAUUUGAGUGAAUUUUAGGAUCUUAGAGUGAAUGACUCCAACUGCACCACAAAAUUAUCACAGAGUUCCUUUAAAAAUAGCAAAUUUCAGCAUAAUUCAAUAUACAAAAAUUCAGCAACCAAGCAACUCCUACAGGAGUUUGCCUUAAAGAAGACUGAGCUCCCUGUACUCUUGGAUUUCUUUGAGGAGACUGAGGUCUACAGAAAACAAGCAGACAAAGUCCUUGAGAUGUACAAAAAGGAGAAUGGUGACUUUGCCUCUUUCAGAGUGGACCAAGUGGAGAGAGUCGGCAAACAUAGAAACAUCAGUGAUGUUCAACCCCAUUUGGACCAUCUCCUACACUCUGGAGGCCAUGGGCAUUCCUCUGCUGGCAAGCCUUCAUUUACACACAGUAGAUCCAGAUAUAACCUCCAUCCCCACAAGUCACAUAAACCUGGAUGCCCACCUCCUCUGGACGACAAAAAUCACUCAGACAGACCACCACUUCAAGAAGGAGCUCCUUCUUGACUGCCCCCUUCAAGAUGUCACUUCCUUUUUGGCACCAAUGGCACACAUGCACCCCCUCAUAAUCAUAGUUCCAAUGAGCACCAUUCCCAUGGACAGUGUCCUCAUGAGCAUCAUCCUCAUGGACAUCAUCUCCAUAGACAUCAUCCCCAUGGACACCAUCCCCAUGGACACCAUCUCCAUGGACAACAUCCCAAUGGCCAUGGUUUUAAUGACCAUGGACCCUGUGACCCACCACCCCAUAGGCAAGGUCCCCAAAAUCACCAUCACUGGGGCCAUGGCCCACCACCUAGGCACUCAGAAGAAAAAGGUCCAGGCAAAGGCACUCCCUUAAAAUGGAGACAAAUUGGAUAUGUUUACCGACUCCCUCCAUUAAAGAAAGGUGAAGUUCUUCCUCUUCCUGAAGCCAAUUUUCCCAGCUUCUCAUUGCCAAACCACAACUAUCCUCUAAAGCCAAAAAUUCAGCCCUUCCCUCAAUCAGCCUCUGAAUUAUGUCCAGGGAUGUUCAACAGUGAAUUUUCACAAGUUUCAAAGUUUUUUGAAGAGACAUUUCCAAAAAGAAAUCUGAGUUCCUUGAAAAAUGAGUAAUGUUCUGAAUUAGAACCAUAAAUAAAAUGUAACCAAUAAUAAA